UGAGGCGCGGUCAUGUGACCCAGACUUGUCCAACUCACUUCCGGUUUCUGCGUGCAAAAAGUUGGGUAAAAUCUGGAAGAAGUUUAGCUCUGCAGGAACUUUGAACGCUGCGUUUUAAGAAUAAAUCGCUACAUUAGUCGGUUUGGGGAGAAGCAGAGCAGUUUUCCUGUCAGAGAGUUGAUCAGAAGAUCAGUCAUGUCCACGGCAGCUCUGUACAACGACCAGGGAGCAGCAGAGGCUGCGGUGGAAGCGGGGCAGGAGACCACCCCGACCUCCUCCAGCUCCGGAGCCGCCUUCGGCCUUUUCAGCACCGACUUCAAAAAGAAUGAAGACCUGAAGGAGAUGCUGGAGAGCAACAAGGAGUCACUCAAACUGGAGGCCAUGAAAAGGAUUGUUCAACUAAUUUCCAAAGGAAAAAAUGCUUCAGAAUUAUUUCCUGCUAUUGUGAAGAAUGUGGCAAGUAAAAACAUUGAGCUGAAGAAACUUGUGUAUGUGUACCUUGUGAGGUAUGCAGAGGAGCAGCAGGACUUGGCUCUGCUUUCCAUCAGCACUUUCCAACGGGCCCUGAAGGAUCCAAACCAGUUCAUCCGGGCCAGCGCUCUCAGGGUUCUGUCUAGUAUUCGUGUCCCCAUUAUCGUUCCCAUUAUGAUGCUGGCGAUUAAAGAGGCUGCUGCAGACCUGUCCCCUUACGUCAGGAAGACCUCUGCACAUGCCAUCCAAAAGCUGCACAGCUUGGAUCCAGACCAGAAGGAGCAACUGAUCGAAGUGAUCGAGAAACUGUUAAAAGACAAAAGCACACUGGUGGCCGGCAGUGUGGUAAUGGCCUUUGAGGAGGUGUGCCCAGAUCGCAUCGAUCUGAUCCACAAGAACUACAGGAAGCUGUGCAACCUGCUGGUGGAUGUGGAGGAGUGGGGCCAGGUGGUCAUCAUCAACAUGCUGACGCGAUACGCCAGGACGCAGUUCACCACACCCUGGAAAGAGGAUGCUGUGUUUGAUGAGAACAAUGAAAAAACUUUCUACGACUCUGACUCUGAGGACAAGAAGGACCAGACUGAAGCGAAGCCCUACAUCAUGGAUCCGGAUCACAGACUUCUGCUGAGGAACACUAAACCUCUGCUGCAGAGCAGGAACACCGCAAGAGGUUCAGUUCAUUGUGCUGCAGAACAUUGCCACCAUGUCCAUUCAGAGGAAGGGCAUGUUUGAGCCAUACCUGAAGAGCUUCUAUGUUAGAUCAACAGAUGCCACACACAUUAAGACACUGAAG